AUGAAGGAUCCGCAGCUCACAGCCAUCAAAGCACGCCUAUGGCCAAAGAAGAAAGAGAGCAAACAAUCCAAAGACGAGGCUAGAGUGGCGGAAAAGACAGCCAAGAAGCCCCUAGCCUCUGCUGCCAUAUGCGCCAUCCCACAUCUGACCGAAGCAGAGAGAAUGAGGCAGUCACCGUUCGAGAGGGUCGUCUACGACAUGGCCCACAACGAAAGGAUCGUCAACGACCUGAUGCUCGGGAGAAGAGUUGGCUUCUACGAGCUACGCGGAGAGAUCGGGCAGGGAAAUUUCUCCACUGUCAGGUUGGGCAUCCACGCCUUGACCAAAGAGAGAGUUGCUAUCAAAAUCAUGGAUAAGCUGCGUCUGGACGAGAGGAGCCAGCCCAUGACUUCCUCCGAGAUCAGCUGCAUGGAGAAGCUGUGCCACCCAAACAUAGUGCGGCUGUACGAGGUGAUGGAGACCAGCAGGAAGCUCUAUCUGGUGAUGGAGUACGGCAGCAGUGGAGACCUGUUCUCGAGGAUCACCACCAGGGGGAAGCUUAACGAUCUGGAAACCAAGCUAGUCUUUGCACAAGUCAUGUCUGCUGUUAAACACAUGCAUGACAACAACAUUGUCCACAGAGACAUUAAGGCGGAGAACAUCUUCUACACAACCAGCUACUGCAUCAAGGUCGGAGAUUUCGGCUUCAGCACAGAGAACGGCCCGAAUGAUCUCCUCACCAACUUCUGCGGCUCACCACCGUACGCUGCUCCCGAACUGUUUAAGGAUAAAGGCUAUGUUGGAUGCUAUUCAGACACCUGGGCCUUAGGUAUUCUUUUGUACUUCAUGGUGACGGGCACUAUGCCCUUUUAUGGGGACAAGCUUGGGAGGCUGAAGCGCUGCAUCCUGCAGGGGGCCUACACCAUCCCUGAUUAUGUGCCCCAUCCAUGCCAACUGGUGAUUAAAGGCAUGCUGCGGCCUGUGCCUGUUGAUCGCUCGUCUCUCACACAGAUUACAAACAGCGCUUGGCUGAAGGGGAUUGAGUAUCCUCGUCCGUAUGUCUUGUUGCCCAUGUCCCCGGCACACUUCGCCCAGACCAACCAGGCUCUGUGUGUGGAGGAGCAGGAGGUGAAGACUUUGCUGUCAGAUCUUGGUAUUGUGAAAGUCCAUUUCCAAAACAAUCCCUGCUUAGACUGUAGGAGCCCAUUGACUGGGACCUACCGGAUCCUUCUCCAUCGGGUCCAGAAGAGGAGGACAGUGGAGGCAGUGGGUUAUUCAGCGCUUCACCCUGAUGAGUACGGGAGUCCAAAGAGGUGGACUGUAGCACCUGUGGUUAAACACGAUCCCUCGGCGGUCUGUGUUGUAUUGUGAGGAGACUUAACUGGACUGGACUUGCUUUGAUUGUGGCACUUUAUCACAAACAUAUGUAUCCAUGUGCUCACGGACCCUUUGUCAUUCAAUUCAGGCUCCCUUUAUCUGGGAGGCAUUAUGUAACAUAUUGAGACGCACUCAAGUUGUGCAAUGCUUGAUCGAAAUGGCAAACAAAUGGAGGUUGAGGUCGGAGUCGGGGGGUUGUUCUGUCCCAGAGUGUAAGUCUUACUAAACUAAUUAUAGUUUAUGGACUAGGACACCUCUCUUAAGUAAUUUGCUAUGGCUUUGUGUUCUGAUCAUUACAUCACCAACAAAGGCUUACUGACGCACGACAUUCAGCAAUCACUGUAUGGCCAUCAGCAUCUUUCAAUCCCUCUUAAUCAGUACAUACAUCUACUGAACUAAUCCAGGGCUAAUGGUAAUCCUAAUAAGAUAGACAGUAAGAACAUGCUUGGGUAACAGAAAUGAAGCCUGAGACUAUGGAAUAACGUCCUGGGAAAAGGUUACACCAGGCAAAGAACAAAAUUAGGACCACAUGAGGCCAGAACAAAAAAACUAAAUGUAAAAACAGUCUACAGCAAACCUAAAGGUGUUUUUUUUGUUCAAAACAAAAACGGAUGCUUAAAAUGCCUUAAUUUAUAAGGAUAUGUAUUAAAAAUGUUUGUAAAUAUUAGGCAUAUUUUAUGAUUGUCACAAGAAGUGUGGAGCACACAGAUUGUUUAACAUUUUGCGCAAU